AUGUCUCAAACCACGUUCAAGCUCUCAGCCGAGAAGCGUGAGUACUACGCAAAGCAGAAAAGCGACACAAAGAAUUAUGAGAGUAUUCAACAAGCUUUUUUGUUGGCUUUGUUAAAUGAUACAUUUGGUUUUGAAAUUGAGAUGCCUGCCAAGUUAGCAACCACAACACUGAAUAUGCCUAAAUUACGAAACUUGUAUUACGGUAAAGAAGUGAUUCAAGUAAAAAGACUUUCAGAACAGAUCCACUUGAAAAGUUACAUUUUUGAUAUCAACAGUGGAAUUAAAGAAAUCACUGCGGGGCGGGCCUUUGAAAGGAAGAAGAGGUGUUUUAUUAAUAAUCUUCUUAUUGAUUACGCCUCAAUGAUCGGAUACUCAUUUGAGUCAAAGUUCUCAAGAAAGACAAAACACGGGUUGCAAAUAGAACGGAUCACUGCAGUUUCAAAAGAUGGGAAGGUUGUCUUUAACAAAAAUGAUAUUGAAAAGAGAGGCAGACUUAUUAGCAAUUAUAUGUUCUUCUUAGUAAGCUCUCAGGAAAGUGUGAAGCUUGAUUGUGGAAAUUUGACGUUGGCGAAGUACCUUACUUCUACCCAUUCCAAUUUGAUGACUAUCAAAAUGGCUUGA